AUGGCAAAUUAUAAAGGAGUUAUUUCAACAAUAAUAACGUUCAAUACGAGAGUAUCAAACUCUAUAUCAUCAUUAACGAGAAAUUUUAGUAAUUCUUCAAUAUUAAAAUCACGAGAAUAUUAUUUAGCAAGAUCAAAAGAGGCGGUAAAUUAUCGAUUACAUUUAGCUAAAUCAAGGCAUCUGGUGGGAAUUAGGACAACGAGAGGAACAAGAGAAUUUAACGAAGAUCGAUAUCAAGCAAUGGUUUUGGAGUUAUCUGAAGAUAAAACAGUACGAGACGACGGGAUCGUUAAUCAACAGAUUUUAGAUGAAAAGAAUCUAGAGAAUGAAGAAGUGGAAGGAAAAGUUGGUCAAAUUUGUUAUUUCGCUUUAUUUGAUGGUCACGGAGGUGCUCAAUGCGCAGAUUAUCUAACCGCCAAAUUACAUAAACAAAUUGAAACUGUUGAAGCCUCCGAUGCUGAUGGCAUUGUCACGGAAUUGCGAAACAUUGGAGGUUAUUUUCGAAGAUUUAAACCAUCAAUAUUGGAAAAUUUAUUAAGCCCUAAAGUUGCCGACGUUACUCUUAAAAAGAGGCCAAAUAAUCAAAAAUCGGGUCGAGAGGUUUUGAGAAAAUUCCCUUCCUCAAUACCAUCACCAAAUUCAACCCAAACGAUACCGCUUCAAACCACUCCUACCGUUACAACCCAACCACUUUCAUCACCUUCCACCUCACUUACAUUGGAACAAAGAUUAACGCUAGCAUAUUUAAAAUCUGACAUUGAAUUUUUGAAUAUAGUAGAAUAUAAUUCUAUAGGAUCGACAGCAUCAGCUGCAUUAAUAAAAUCGUUAGACAAACGUCCAUUUUGGACAAGCAAUGACAUUGAAAUUACAAUAGCGCAUGUUGGUGAUACGAGAAUACUUCUUUGUGAUGCGGAAAAUGGUAAUUCCAUACAAUUAACAUUUGAUCAUCAUCCAGCUUCAAUUACAGAAAUCGAAAGGUUAAGCAAAUCUGGUGGCUUUAUUAUAACGGAUUCUUUUGGUGCUGAAAUGUAUUUAGGUAGAUUAGCCAAUACAAGAUCUUUAGGUGAUGCUAAAAUGAAAAGGUUUGGUAUUACUGCUGAACCAGAAAUUUCUAAUCAUCAUAUGGUUGGAAAAAAAUUUGCUUUUAUGGUUUUGGUUUCUGAUGGGAUCACUUCUGUAUUAAGUAAUCAAGAGAUUGUUGACUAUGUGAGAGCAUCAAAAUUAGUUGAUUUUGCUGAUGAGCUUGGAUCUAAUGAUAAUAUGACGGCAAUGGUUGUAAGAUUACCGGGCUGGGGAACAUCAAUGCCCGAUCAUACAAAAGAAUUAAGGAAAUACCGACUCGAUCAAAAUAUUACAAGUCGUCGUAGAUGA